GAGCGCGGAAAAAAAACACGGAAAUGCUCCAAUAAUAAAGGAGAGCACGACACGUAGGCUUUAAUUUCCACAGGGCUACAAUGAGCUUUAAUUAAAUACACUUAAGUGUUAUUCUAAACGUAGUGUUAUUACAUGUUUAGCUUUGCACAGAACCUCUUUGUUCCGUUCUGUAACUGCCGUCAUGGAGAGAGGGACAGGUCCGGUUUUGGCAACUGAGAGAUAUGGGAGUUCAGAGUCCUGGAAGUACAUAGCUAAAGAUGGAGUGAUGGAGAGGAAAAGAGAUGGUCCUGAGAGUGAGUCAAGAGGAAACUCUGUUGUUGGAGUUUUUAAAGUAAGGAUUUAAAUAUUCCCAUGCACUUCCAAAGCCCGUUUGUACAUAUUUUGACUCUUCUUACUCCUCCUUUCACUCCUUUACUCAGAGCGUCUUUCUGCCUCAAGGAUAUCCAGACAGUGUCAGCAGGGAUUACCUGCACUACCAGUUUUGGGACACUGUGCAGGUGCAGUAGAAAAUUCAUUUUCAAACUAUUUAGGUCUUCCUCAUCAUUAUUUUUAGCACUGACAGUCCUCUCCUCCUCCUCUUUGUGGACUCAGGCUUUUUCCAGCUCUCUGACUGGGACUCUGGCCACUCAGGCCUCUCUUAAAGGUGUCGGGGUUGGAAAUAAAGAGGCAACAGUAGCUGCAGCCACAGUCACCUGGUUACUCAGAGGUAAUACCAUACUUUAAGCCGAAUAAUUUUUCAUAAAGUGUGCAAUUCAUAAACUAGAUUUCUUCUCAAGAUGGAACUGGCAUGUUGGGAAGAAUCCUCUUUGCUUGGCAGAAAGGGUAGGCCCAUUUUUCUGUCCAUUUUCAUGCUAGUUAAAGCUCCUGUGAGCAGCUUUAAGCUUUUGUCAAUAUUGUCCACCUGUGCAGAAAGUUAUUCAUUUUAUCUCUGUUGACUUUGCCCUGCACAGGAAGCAGUGUUUUUUUUUAACAAUCUUUUUCUGCUACUUCAUAAACUAUUGAACAUGGCACCCAUCACGGAAUCUUUGUUGCUGAAAAUGUAAAGAAAGAUCUUUUUUGGUACAAACAUUGCUCCAGUCAUUAGAAAAAACUAUUGACAAAUUUCAAUCUUCCUCAAUCUUACAUUUUUUUUUUCUUUGAGAGACAUCAACAUUAAUUUCAUUCUGUUUUAUAAUCAGUUAGAGCUGCUCACAUUAGCUUACAGCGAACAGAUUCUUUUACAUUUUUCUUUACAUUUUUGCUGUAUUUUUUUAUUGGAUUAAACUUUUUUUCCCUUUGUCUUUCAGGAGCAAACUUGACUCUGAGGCCAAAAAGUGGAGGUAUUUAUCAUGCAAUGAUUCCGUUUUUAAAGUUUUUCCCUUAUGCUGAACCUGUUAUAAGUUCUUCCUUGUUAUUUCAUCUCAGACUGUUUGCUGAUGUUCUGAACGACAUUGCCAUGUUCAUGGAGAUACUGGCCCCUUACUUUCCUCCUUUCUUCACCCUGAUUGUCUGCACAGCAGGGAUAUUCAAGGUAAAAGAAAGAACUGUGAAUAGCGUCAGUCAGGGGUGAUUAUAACUCAGCUUCAAAAGUUUGUUGUUACUGAAGCUAUUCAAACUCUUUUACAGAAUAAGCAUUAAUUGGUCUUUAUUUGAAGAGACGGAUACAAAGACUUGUUUCCUAGUUGAGGUGUAACAGACAGAGAUCCUGCCCCCUUUAGGGUCCAGAGUAGAAAAGUUCAGGAAAGAGUGGCCUUUACUUUGAAGCUUUAUAGUCAGAUCACAUGGCUGUUUUCUUUUACUUCAUGCAUUCAUUAUUAUCUAUAGUUUAACUAUUGAACAUUCCUAAAGUGUGGCCACUUCAGCAUGUGGAACCGAUAACCGACUAGUCUGCAAAGCUGUGUUAUAACUGUGUUAUAACUGCUAUCAAACUUAGCAUCAGCCAUGAUAUAACUGCUUCUGUUCACUUUGUCUUUAUAAAAUAUUCAAAAUAUGAAUUGAUUGGUAUAAACUGACUAUGUUUUUUUUUAUUUUGUCUUUUUGAGUGACACUUAUAUUGAAAUGUGGCUGAUGGUAUGCCACCAGAGUGCCAGUGUUGCUAGAUUGCUGUGCCAGUCCCCUAUGUGGUAUGCCACCAAUUUGCCACUUGUCUUCUAAUGAAACAUGGCAUUGAUGUCCCGGCAUAUGCAGCGGCACACGGCAGGCCACUUUUAGAUGUGAUGUGAUCGUUGCUGAUCUCAUUUGUCUUUGCCUCCAUCAGUCCAUUGUUGGUGUGGCAGGUGGUGCAACAAGAGCUGCUCUGACUGUCCAUCAGGCACGCAGAGACAACAUGGCUGAUAUCUCAGCCAAAGAUGGUAGUCAGGUAAGUUUUUGGAUAUUAUCUAUGAGCUUUGACCAAUUUCCAUUUAUGUGCAGUUUAUACCAAAACACAAAAAGUCUUCAUACUUCUAAGAGAUAAAAAGUUUCUGAAAGGGCACUUUGUCUUGUCUUUAUUUUACUUAAUUCCACAGGAGACUUUGGUGAACCUGGCUGGACUGCUGGUCAGUUUGGUACUUAUUCCUCUCGUCACUGAUAAUCCAGUGUAAGUACUGUCUUAUAUAGUAUCAAAAUCAUACACAGGUAUUCGAUUAGUCUCCUUUAUGAUCCACCACAUUCCCACCCUCUUUUUCUUCCUCUCUCAGACUGACCCUCAGCCUCUUCUUCCUCUUCACCACCCUCCACCUCUUUGCCAACUAUAAAGCUGUGCGUUCAGUUGUCAUGGAAACCUUCAACGAGGAGCGGCUUUCAAUCGUUUUUCAGCAGUACCUGAGAGACAAACAGGUUUUGAGUCCACAGGAGGCCAACCUGAGAGAGCCAGUUUUUAUCGGUAAGAGUCAUAAUUUUGCUGACAGCUUCUUCGUUUCCAGUAAGAACACAAUAACAAUCAGAUUUGUUCAAUGUCAUUGUCUUGUUUUUCACCAGAGUUUAGGAAAACUGUGCCUAUCAAACUUGGAGUGAGGCUACAAGAGGUUAUCCUAAGGUAAAUUAAUAGACUCCCUUUAUUAGUGUGAAUUUGUAAAAAUACAAUCUAUUUAUUUAUUUCAUUUUGCUUGUUUUGCAGCCUAGAUGAGCUUGAGUUGGCUUUAAAGCAAAACAACAUGCCUUACCUGUUAGGAGUGAAAAAUGGUAUGUAGUCCUCUUUCACACAUAAUCAAAAGGUUUAGAUGCAGAUAUAACACACUUGAACAUGUUUUCCCCACAGGUUGUGUUUGUGUAUGUCUUGGACCAGAAGUAUCAGUGCAUGAUGAAAUCAGAGCUAUGUGCCAAGCCCUUUGGCUCAGCAACAAUUUGAGCACUCAGACAAGAGACUCCCCAACACAACAAAAGCAAAGUGAGUCUCUGCUUCUGAGCAACCGCCGAAGAAGGUGCCUUCUUUCUUCACUCAUUUUGUGUGGUUUUUUUUAAGGUCACUGGGAAACUGUGCACGAGAGUUUCAACCUGAUGGACACAGUUUUCCCUACAUUUAUCAAAGGUGCACACAUAUACACAUUUAUAAAACAUUGAAACUGAGUGUUUACACACAUUUUUGUUGAAUGGUAGAAAUAUUGUUUUCCUCACAUUGUUUUCAGGAGUGGAAGCUGCAGGCUGGGACAUUAAACGAACUCUGCUGGACUGGGAUGAGUGGAGAGUCGAGUGGAAAACAAAAUGCACCUGAGCCAUAAUAUCUGGAGCUUUUUGACCCCCCCAUGUUUAAUAAAUAAAAAAUAUUUUAUGUACCGGUAAUGCU